AUGACGGACAAGUACAUCAUCCGCGUGACGGCGGGCGCCGACUACGACGUCAAGAAGCACCAGGUCAUCCCCGUCAACCAGGCCGACACCGUCAAGGUCUCGUCCGCCCUCAUGGACGCCGAGAUCAACGUCCGCGUCCAGGACUACGCCGGCCUGCCGCGCAACUCCCCCGCCACCUCGCCGUACUUCUCCGCGGAGCCCCACGCCUACAACAAGGACCGGUACAGCAUCGCCCUGCGCUUCACGCCCAAGCAGCCGCCGCCGCCGUCCGCGUCCAGUAAGUCGGGAUCCAAAGAGGGUGCCGAUGGCGAUGACGUUGACGACGAAGACAACGACGACGAAGACGAUGAGGACGAUGCCGAGGAGGAGGAAAGUGAAGCAAAGGGCAUCAGGGCCGCGGACCUGCAGUGGGGCAACGACUUCGACCACCCCAUCCGCGACCGCCUGCCGCCGGGCUUCGGCACGGCGAUGAACAUCGUCAAGUGGUGGAUCGACCCGGGCCUCGAGGGCGACGCCUACGCCGACUCGCCCUACCUGUACGGCCCGGCCCUGAGCUCCUUCAACGCCGUGCACGUCGGCCCCGGCGAGCACGACCCGGGCCGGGGCGGCCUGUGGUUCGACGAGGGCGGCGACGAGGACGGCCACGCGGCGCGCGCGGGCUUCGGCGCGCCCGCCGACGCCAGGGCCCGCAUGAAGUGGGCGCUGCGGGCCGACGCCAAGGACAGGUGGGUGUGGGAGUACGGCCGGACGUACGGCCUCGACUUCUUCAACCCGUACCUCGACUUCUCCGAGUUCUCCCUGCGGCUGCCCGGCUUCACGCUGCCCAUCAUGAAGUACUGGGACGGGCAGAGCCUGAGGUCCCCCAAGCGCCGCUCACACGUCCUCAGAUACGUCCUGCGCAACCGCUCCACCGCCGAGACGUACCUCGUCGUCACCUUUACGCUCUACCGCCGCGAGGACGUCGAGGAGGACGGCACGGUCAAGCAGGCCGCGCUCGACGGCAACCCGCUGCUGCCACCUGCGGACGAGUCCGCAGCGGCGGCGGAGAAGGAAGGAGGCGGAGGUAAAGAGGCAGCAAAGGAAGAGGAGAAGUUUGAUGAGGCCGAGGUGCUCGAGGAGGCGCGGAGGAGGUUGUCCAAUGUCGGGGUGGAGGAUACGGCGGAUGACGAUGUGGACUGA